AUGUCUGCUCUGCGAGCAUGCCUUUUUGCCCCCGAGGAGCUUGGCUGUCUCCUUGUGCGCACAGGCAGUCGCUGGAAACUUUGGAGGGAGAGCGAGGGAGUUGUCGAACUCUACCACAACGAUGAAAAUGAGACGUACACAGCAGCCUGCUUCGUUGAGCACCAGAAAGAUCUGCAGGCUGGACAGUGCCUGGUCCUGGGCUGUGCCAGUGGCCGCGUUCAGGCAUGGGAUUCGAGAUCUGCAGAAAUGCUGGGGCGCCCUGCCCAGGCCUUCCACUCCCUAGCCAGCGGUGCUGAUUGCAGCGUAUCCACUUUGGCAGCUCCUUCUUCGGCCAGAGGAACCGUAUUUGCUGCCUGUUCUGGAUUGCCGGACAUUUUGGAGAUUGGAGUGAUAGAUGGCGUGACCAGAAGCUCCCUUUGCAGCGGCAAGAGCAAUGUCAUCGGCAUUUCCAUUGCGGGUGCUGCGUCUCAAUGGCUUCUGAGCUCUUCGCUCAGUUCCCCGUUGAAACUUUGGCGCUUGCCGGAUGCCGGGGCCAGCUUGAGCAACUUGCAGAAGGCCCACCGGCGACUGAAAGCCCCUUCUGGUGGUUCUUGCCACGUGGAUCUUUGCUCCUUCAGUGGCCGCCUGUUGGCGUUGGCCGCAGAUGGCACGAUGCAGGUUGACUUUUUCGAUGCCGGUGCCGAAGAUCAUGGAGCUCCAAGCCAGGGCAAGCAGCCACCCAUGACCUCGACACAGGUGCUUACUUGUCACGAGCGAAUCAAAGAAGCUGUGAUGCUGAGAGAGAUGGAUGCAGGUGGUAAGCUCAUGGUGCUUGGCCAUGGGCCACGAAUUGUCGCAUGUUGGGCACUGGCUUUUCCAGGCCCAGACUCGUCUACACGAACAGUUGCGCCGAUAUUCUCGGUUUCAAGCACCGAGCUGGGAGGUAAUAUUGUCUGUGCUCGAGGCGCACAGCUCGCCAUGAGACGUUUGCGGACGGAAAAGUUGAUGCUGGUGGUGGCUUAUGGUACUGCGGCCAAACCUUCCUUUGCACAGGUGUCCCCGCCAAAGUCCAAGAAAGGUGCUGCGGUUGUUGAGGCCCUGGCAUCUGCGGGAGAAGUUCGCAAGGAGGAAGGUGGAAAAGCGACUCUACCAGGCACCCGAAGGACUGCUACUGUACUUGGUCCCGCAGAAGCCGCUCCACACCAGCGAAAGCGAUUGGUCGGUCAGCUGGAGGAGAGCAGCAAGCGACAGAAAGUGCCCGCUCCUGGGAGCCGCCCGGAGACGGCAGGUAGCAAUCUCUCACUGGCACCAGUUCUUCGACAAGGGCUGCGGUCAAAGGACAGCAGUACCCUGGACCAGACCCUUUUGCUCAAAGACAGAGAUCUGAUGGACACAUCUGUCCUGGAACUUUCAAGCCCUGAAGCGUUUGACCUGCUGCAAGAGUGCGCCAAGCGACUUCUUGAGAAGCCUCUGGAGGGCCAGGUGUACUGCGCCUGGAUCCAACGCGUGGUUUUUCAUCAUGGUGUUUUCAUACGCUCACAUCCAGCGCUGCGAGAUGCCCUUCGGCCACUGCAUGACGCCACUGCUUCACGAUGUGCAUCUUACAGAGGUUUGAUGUACAUGCAUGGUCGCCUUCACGGUCUCGUCUCGAGGGGUAAGGAGGUGCUUGACAGAGAGGCGACUGAAACAGUGGUGAGAGUGCCUUUGCUGGAGUACGUUGAGGGCGAUGAAGACUUGGAGGAAGAGGACAAGCAGAAGCAAGAGGAUGAGGCUGGAGAGCUUGAUGAUGACGAAGAUGAUGAGGACAUUGAUCUCAAUGCGGAUUGGUUGGACAGUGAUGACUAG